ACUGUAUUCACACGUUUCAACUUCAUUUACGACACCAAUGCCGUAAACAGCUGGGGAACUGCAUGCAACUGCGAACUAAUCAGCUACACUUUUACAUAGUUUAAACUUUAACGUUUUGAAAUAUUUGGUCGCACACAUGACCAAACGGACAGCAGAAAAUGUUUUGUCGCCCGAAGUCCCUCACAAAAGAUGUUUUCGUUCUGUCUCCAACAAACCGGUCGGAGGUGUGAACGUGACCCAAAACGCCUCGUUAUUAACAUCAGAUGAACAGCGAUGCAGGAAAAGACCGAACUCUGUCGAAGACCAGCUGGACACAGAUAACUUACCGAGAAAACUGGCCGCAAGCAGGGCUAAUUCAGUGCUAGCUGAGCAGAACAUAUCCCAGUCUAGAACAUUCGAGGAUGAUGAUGAUGCUGGAAGACCUGCGACGCGACGGUCAUCACGCGCGCUUCAACCUGAGUCAAGCAAACAGCCAGACGAACAAAAUAAACACACCGCAGGAGACAAGGUGAUGCACUUAGACGAGGACCUCUCUUCAUUCAAUUCCUUUCAGUUCUGGCGGGUUCCUCUGCCCGAGCUGGAUCUGUCUCUCCUGGAGGGUGAACCCUGCUCGGAGACAAUGGAAACCUGAGGACAUCGCCAGCGCACAAAAAGCAAGUUCGGUCUUGUAGAGUAGUUGUUCUAGCUUCUGCCAAAUUACCUGACUGGACAUGAUGAGACGAUACCCCCUGAUCUUCACCAGAUGAACUUCUGAACAAAGCCCUGUGCUGUGUACAGUGUGGAGGCCUGCAGCAGACGCUUUCCUUCUGCUGGGAACACAUGAUGGUCACAUGACCUCGUAUUCAUCUGCAGCAGUGGUCAAGUGUUCGAAAAUGUGAACGCGUAAUAUACUGCAUAUUGGAAUGAUCAUGUCUGUCAGUAGCUGUAAAGGGGAUGCACAAACUUUCUUUUUCUUGGACUGAGCCACAUUUCUUUAAGCACUGUUGAUGGUGUUCAUGUAAUGUAAUGUAAUGUAAUGUGUAUUUAUAUAUUAAGUUCAGUAGGUAUUUACACUUUAAAUCUUUAGUUAAUACUUUAUUUUGUAAACCAUAGGGCAUUGUUUCUUUCCACAUCAUGUGGCACUUUGUAAGAGUUUGUAUGUUCCUGUGAACAGUGUUUUAAUGGCUGUAUUUUUGAAAUUGCACAGCAGCAAUAAAAGGUCUUUUUUAUAUGCGA